GGCUUUUUUAAGUUGGCCAUAGACAGAUCCAAGUUCAGCUGGUUCAGCAGGGACCAACCAAAUUUCAGUGUGUGGCUGUUUCUGUUGCACAGAAGUCGAUUGCUAGUUUCACUUCUAUUGGAUGGACAAGUUGGAAAACGUUUGUUCGUCAGCUGCCGAUCAGCGUAAUCUGAAAGCAUCAGGUCCUGCUGUCAGAAUACAAUUUCCCAGUGGGGUGAGGCGCAUUGAAAGUGCAGUUUCUUAAUGGCAUAACCAGGGUUAAUGCCGUAUUCUCGUGCAUGUGCGGGGAUCUCCCGGUCCUGCGCGACUGCCAAUCACAGCACCGGAGCAGCGAAAACAGGAAGUAUGUGCGAGGGGACAUGGCAGCGGUGAACGAGGAGGACUUCAGGGGCAUUGAUCUCAGAAUUUCCUUGUUUAUGAUGGGAAAAGGUAGCCGAGUUGUUAUUUGUGGAUUCACCACAGUUGGAAAAACUGCUAUACUUGAGCAGGUGAUCUAUGGAAAUCAUGUAGUUGGUCAGGAACACAGUGACACCCUGGAAGAUGUUUAUAUUGCCUCUGUGGAAACUGACCGUGGUGUGAGAGAGCAGCUCCGUAUUUAUGACACGCAAGGACUUCAGGAUGGAAUGGAGCUGCCAAAACAUUACUUCUCUGUUGCUGAUGGAUUCAUUCUCGUCUACAGUGUGGACAGCUUGGAAUCUUUCCGAAGGGUUGAGCAGCUUAAAAGGGAUGUUGACAGAUUCAGAGAUAAAAAGGAGGUGGUGACCAUCAUUCUGGGAAAUAAAACAGACCUGCAGGACUACAGACAAGUGGACCUAGAGAUGGCUUCACAAUGGGCAAGAGGUGAAAAAGUUAAAUUAUGGGAGGUGACUGUGGCAAACCGACAGACCUUACUUGAGCCAUUCACGCUGCUGGCCAGCAAACUCAAUCAGAUCCAAUGUAAAUCCCUUUUUCUCCCUGGCAAAGGAAAGGUUAAGGGGACCCCAUCUUCUGAUAACUAGUCUACAUCUCUUUAUGCUUAAUUAGAACUGUAUUGUAGAGUUUUGUACUGAUCCCUUCAAUGCACUGCAGUAUGCAUUAUAACAGAUGGUGGUUACUGACAUAUAUUUUCUUUCGUUAAUGUGCUGUCGUAAAAUGAAAGUAUCCAUUCUUUACUAGGUCCUAUUUACAGUGUAGAAAACUGAACAAUUACACUAUUGUACAUAAUUUGUAAACCUAGGUCACACUUCUCUGCCACCUAUCCAGUGCAUAUGCCUUUUGAUAUGUGAUAAUUCAAGAUGUUCUGCAUAAUCGGUUCCCUCCAAGAGAGACUAUGGCUUAUUUCUCACAGCAUGGUUCCCGGUUGGUUAUGGUGCUGCACGGCCUGGUUUCAGCAUGAUGUCUUCCUGUGAGCGGCACCUGAUAUCUCUGGAUCUCAAUCCACUGUCACUGGUCUCUUGUAUAAAGUUCCUCUUUGUGUUUAAUAGUUCUGUUGAUUACUUGUAAAUAAAGGUUUUGCUCUUAAA